AAUUAACAGGAUUAAAAUAUAUGAAAACCGUGUUAUCGUCUGGACGCACUCUCUCCUUAUCCACACCGCCAGAAUCAAACAAGAAGAGAAUCUGACAUAACAACACAACUAACUAAAUCUCUUUGAAAUCCGUCUGAAAAAGAAAUCAUAAUGAAUAGACCCCCCUCUGGAAGAAGAAGCAACAAUGCAACGAAACUACUUUAUAAGGAGCAAGAAUUUAAAGAACUUAAUGCUGCAUUAGAAGAGAAGACUGCAAGUUUAAUAACAGAAGCAGAGCUAGUGUUGCGUGGGCAAGAUAGCCUGUUUAGUGACGUUGAUGCCACUAGCGGUAAGAUUAACCAAAAUGAUAUAAGCACUUCACAUAGAAUGAGUACGUCUGCUUAUAGCACUUUAGAUGAUACUGAUGCACCUUUAUUUUCUAUUCAACCUGAACCUGUUACAAAAGCUGUAAAAGGAAAGGAGAAAGUUCAAAGUAAACAGAGACCUCAGUCUGGACCGACUUUACCUAACAAGAAGGUUGAGAACGUGAUAAAAAAGAAAAGGCCACAAUCGUCAAAACCGACAACACGAAACAAAUUGUUGGCCUCUCCAAUUAACUUGAUUGAAGAGCGUGCAACACUGGCUGAUCGUAUCAACACGUUGGAGUUGGAGGCAGCAGAUGAUGUGUAUACACCUACUGGAAUGAAUGAUGAUGUUCUACCUGAUGUUGCGAAUGAUAUUGGCAGCGAUGCUACUAUAAGAUUUCUGAAAGCCAAGUUACGUGUUAUGCAGGAGGAAUUGGACAACAUUGCUGUAGAAUGUAGAGAAAAGGCCAGCGUUAUUUCGAAGCUCAAAAAUACUAUAAAAGAGAAGGAAGAAAUAGAAAUUAACUUAGUAAAGAAAAAUGGAAACUUGCAGAGUAUUAUAGAGAAGCACAAGUCCUCGCAAGACGAUGUUCGAUCCAAAAACUCACACCUAGAGUCGGAAAUUGCGUCCUUACGAAAGGAAGUGGACAAAUUUAAACGCGAAAAGAAACAAAACUUAGCCAACAAGAACACACUAGAAGUUAGAUUGAACAGAGCGUUGGAAGAUGUGGAAAAACAUAAAUCUGCUUUGCAGAAAUCAAAAGAAUCGUCAAAGGCUACCAACGAAACAGACCGCAAACGUUUGGAACAGUUGCAGCAUGAAAACAAACGCUUGGAGAAACAAAAAAACGAAUUAUUGACAGCAUUCAAGAAACAGUUGAAACUCAUUGAUAUUUUGAAAAGACAAAAGAUGCAUAUCGAAGCAGCGAAAAUGUUAGAAUUCUCAGAAGAGGAAUUUAUUCGUGCUUUGGAUUGGGGAAAGUGAAAGAUAUGCUAAAUUUACCGUAAACGCUUUAAUAAACGCCCAGUAGCUAUUAAACAGCCGUUGCUAAUGAAAAAGGGGCGUUUAGUAAAAGUUUCCUUGUCAAGCAAUCUGUUAGUGUUGAAUUUAUGAUGAAAGUACAGGUCUGUCAUGAAUUGAAUAUGAACGCCCAGCCUUUAUUUAACGCCUGUCUUCAAUUAAGAUCCCCCUAAAUUCAAAAAUUAAAUAAACGCCCGGGUGUUUAUUAGGGGAUUUAUGAUACCACUUUGCUUUAAUACAUAUAAUAAUACUCGUGUAUAUAUAAUUUAUAUAUGUUUUAUGUAUUAAAUAUAUUUUAGAUGUUAAUAUAUUCAACCAUAUAUAUAUAGUGUAGAUUUUUAACACAAGUUAAAUUGAACGUUUUCACCAACCGCGAAUCGUGGUGUAUAGGAAGCAGCUCUCUAAGGCAAAAGAAUGACAACAAUAACAACAUAACAACAACAAUGGAAGACAACAAUAACAAAAACAACAUAAACAACAACAAUAAAAGACAACAAAAAUAACAACAACAACAAUAAAAGACAACAAAACAACAACAACAACAACAAUAAAGGACAACAAAACAACAACAACAACAAUAAAAGACAACAAUAACAAUAACAACAAUAACAUUAAAAGACAACAACAACAGCAACAACAACAAUGCAAGACAAAAACAAUAACAACAUAAACAGCAACAAUAACAAUACAAGACAACAAAAGCAGAAAUAACAACAACAUUAAAAGACAACAACAACAACAACAAUAAAGGACAACAAAACAACAACAACAACAACAACAAUAAAAGACAACAAUAACAAUAACAACAAUAACAUUAAAAGACAACAACAACAGCAACAACAACAAUGCAAGACAAAAACAAUAACAACAUAAACAGCAACAAUAACAAUACAAGACAACAAAAGCAGAAAUAACAACAACAUUAAAAGACAACAAUAACAACAACAAUUUUUGUGUGAUAUGUGCGUUAGCUUAGCACCAUUUAAAAUUUUCAACUCAAUUGUGUUUUAUAUGAAAAGAGAAAUUGAAAUAAGACGUUUUUCUUAAAAUUGACUUCCGUAAUUUUUAAUUUGCAGUGAUCCGUUUUCACGGAUUGAACCCAAAGCUUCCCAUGUGGUGAUAAUUUUCCAUUUGAGUUGUGAUGGACGGCACCUAUUGUUUUUGUCAUUCAGCACAAAAAAGUUUAAAUGAAAAUUAAGACAUGAACUUCAAAAUUUUGAUUGAAGGAUGAUUUGGUGACUGUCAAUCAAAUUGUUUCUGUUCGUGUUUUAUCUUUGUAACAAAUUCUAAUGAAGUUUCUAAUUUUAUUCUUUUACUUGUUUGCUUAUAUGAAAGGUUAACUAAUGAGUUUACCCUAUCUUUUUUCAACUUAGCAUUAUUUUUUUAUAUAAAAAAAUUGUAAG